GAGAGAGAGACACGCACACACACACACACACACACAGAGAGAGGUCGGUCGGUCGGUGGUGUGAAUGCGGAGGUUCAGAAUAGAGCAGCAGCAGCGGGAGCCGCACGGACACCGACAGAUUGGACAGGAGGAAGAGGAACAUGUCCAUGCCAAUGAUGCAGAGGUGAAAGUAGCUGAAUGGCAGAAGACUUAUUACACAGUCGAUUCUGGCAUUCAAUCAGGAGCCACAACUGUAAAUGAAGAAGACCAAUCAGAGAUCAGUGCCAAAACAUUUACUGUGGAGGACUGUGGUGCAGAUUCUGAUGCCCAGUUGACCCGAACUCAGCGUGUCCGGGCCGCCAUGUUUCCUGAGACAUUAGCAGACCAUGAGACAUUAGUGCAUAGUGACUCUCAGUCCAACGUACAUCGUUUGACUGAACCCUCACACCUCUUGAACAAUGCCAUUGUUCACCUGAUCAAUUACCAGGAUGAUGCUGAGCUCGCCAAGCGAGCCCUGCCAGAGCUCAUCAAACUGCUGACUGACGAUGAUCAGGUGGUGGUGAGGAAGGCAGCUCUAAUUGUGAGCCGUCUGGUUCGUAAUGAUGCUUCUCGACAUGUGAUGAUGCAGUCAGCAGUGAUGAUAUCAGCAGUUUUGCGGGUAAUGCAGAGCUCAAGCGACAUGGAAACAAUUCGCUGCAUGGCCAGCAUCCUCCACUGCCUGUCACACCACCACCAGGGGCUGAACGCUAUCUUCACUGCUGGGGGUGUCCCUGCUCUCAUCCACAUGCUCAGUUCUCCAGUGGAGGCCGUAUUAUUUUACUCCAUCACCACACUACAUAACCUGCUGCUCCACCAAGAUGGCUCCAAGAUGGCGGUGCGAAUGUGUGACGGUCUGCAGAAGAUUGUUCCACUGCUCAAACACACAAACCCAAAGUUCCUCGCCAUUACCACUGACUGCCUGCAGAUCCUAUCCUAUGCCAACCAGGAGAGUAAGUUGAUCAUCUUAGCAAGUGGAGGUCCUGAGUGUUUAGUGUCCAUUAUGAGGAACUAUAACUAUGAGAAGCUGCUGUGGACAACCAGCAGAGUGCUGAAGGUGCUGUCAGUGUGUCCUAGUAACAAACCCGCCAUUGUCAAUGCAGGAGGCAUGCAGGCUCUAGCUCUGCACCUGACCGGUUCCAGUUCUCGUCUUGUUCAGAAUUGUCUGUGGACCCUAAGGAACCUUAGUGAUGCUGCCACCAAACAGGAAGGACUGGACUCUCUACUCCACAUCCUUGUGUCUCAGCUUGGCUCAGAUGACGUCAACGUUCUGACAUGUGCUACAGGAAUCCUCUCUAACCUGACGUGUAAUAAUGCACGUAAUAAAUCACUUGUGGUGCAGCAUGGUGGUGUGGAGGCACUUAUCAGUGCUCUUCUGCGAACUGCUGUGAAUCAGGACGAGGCAGAGCUGGCCUUAUGUGCUGCGGUGAAUCAGGACGUGGCCGAGCCGGCUGUGUGCGCCCUACGCCACCUCAGCGGCCGUCACCCACUCUCCCAGACAGCACAGAAUGAAGUGAGAGUGCACUACGGCAUCCCAAUCAUCAUUAAGCUACUGGGACAACCACACUACUGGCCCGUCGUCAAGGCCAUCGUUGGUCUGAUCCGUAAUUUGGCACUAUGUCCAGCCAAUCAGACACCUCUAAGGGAGGCAGGUGCAAUACCACGUUUGGUUAACCUGCUUUUGAAGGCUCAUCAGGACCUACAGAGACUCAGCACACAGAACACCUACCAGGAUGGAAUUAGUAUGGAGGAAAUAGUAGAAGGCUGUACUGGAGCAUUACACAUUUUGGCCAGGGAUCCGAUUAACCGGAGUGAAAUUGCCAACAUGCAGACCAUCCCUUUAUUUGUACAGUUGUUAUACUCUUGUGUUGAGAGUGUACGGCGAGUCUCAGCCGGGCUUUUAUGUGAACUCGCUCUGGAUAAACACUCAGCUGAACUAAUUGAUGCUGAAGGAGCUUCUGCUCCACUGAUGGAGCUUCUGCACUCCACCAACGAAGGGAUAGCCACCUAUGCUGCUGCUGUGCUCUUCAGAAUCUCAGAGGACAAAAACUUGGACUACAGGAAGAGAGUGUCAGUGGAACUGACACACUCACUGUUCAAACAUGACACACACGUCUGGGACAUGGAACACAGUACAAUGACCCUUGAUCAUGGCUACAUACAGGAUGAGGGUGUGUCCUCUCUGUAUAUCUACUCAGACCUUCCUGUCAAUGCUCUCCCUCUUGAGCCUGAUGUCCAUGGGCCAUAUGUGUCAGACAUGACCUUUGACCCCCGACACAUUUAUCCAGAACCACUCUAAAAGCACAAUUACACAGGUUGAAUCAGUAAGCUGGAGUAUGAUGGACACAUGGACCUGAGGCUUGAGGAUCUGUGGAGGUUAAACUUAAUGACUCAUGGUGCUGGAGCAUGGGAAUAUGUGGAAUCCCAAAAUUUAAAAAUCGUAAAAAUAUACAGCGAAAAUAUUAUCCAUUGUAUAAGCAGAGGUGGAGCCUGAGGACAUGUGGGUGUGGAGCUUAAUGGCUUAAUGGACUUAAUGUGUGUUAACUUAAGAACAGGAGAGCCUGAGAAAUAUGGCAGGACUUUAUAUUGAAGAGUUUCUCUUUUCUGUGUUUAAUGAUUUGGUUCUGUUAAGAGAAGAAAUAUACAGCUGGAAUCUGCAUGUGUUUAUGUAAAUAACAUUUUAUAUGAUGCAUUGUUGUCUGGGAUCCAUAGUGUGUGCCCGUCUCUGUGAUUAUAUUUAGGUGUGUGUGUGUGUGUGUGUGUGUGUGUGUGUGUGUGUGUGUGUGUGUGUGUGUGUGUGUGUGUGUGAGUUCAGCUCCUAGUCAGAUUUCAUAUAAAAAAAAGCAAAACAAAUAUUUUACUGUAAUCACUUUUUCAUUACAUUUACACUGACAGCACGUGACACUCUCUUAUCCAGAGUCACGUACAAAAGUGCUUUUAAGUCUCUAUCAUUGAAUACAUUAACUCUGGUUCACUAGGGUACAGACUUAAGAUACCAUGAGUCUAAAACACUGUUCAAAGUUUUUGUUUUUUACACACACACCAAACAGGGGAGAAAGUGCUAGUUCAAGUAUUUCAUGAAGAAAACAUCAGAAACAUUUUCAGAAUCAUCGUUACAUGAAUUAUGCAUGUCGGUGAUAAUCACAUUAGGAUACAAUUAAGAAGCCAUCGGAAAUAAUUGUGAAUUGAGAUUUUCAUUAAUAAACCAUUACAGUCCACCAUACGCACAUUUAAUCCAUUAGAAAUCUUCCACAGGGAUGUCCUGGUGUGGAGAGUGUGUCAAUAUAAAAAUGUGCUAAAGCUAAUUAGUAUGUAUUAGCUUGUAUUACAUGCUCGAAAAAGCUAAUUUGCUUUAAAAAUGAACAGCUAAAUGUUUAACUAGCUUUAAAAAGCCACAAAAGCCACACUAGCUUUUAAACAGUUCUUGUAGUUAAUGAAGUAAAAACAAUGUCAGUGGAUGUGUUGGUGAUGGGAUGAUGCUCAAGUUCAGUAUUUGUAUCAUGUCAAAAAAAAAACACCGCUGCACUGUUAUAUGGUGUUUAAAGUGGACCUGUUUAAAAACAGGAAGCUACAAGCACAUAACAUUAUGU